AUGGAUCUUUCCGUUCUAACACGCGCUGUGUGCCUUCUGGUUCUCACCGUUCUUGGAACCCUGUGCGAUGCACAGGACAACCAGGAGACCGAGGUGCACAUCUCGGCGCAGGAGGACGUCGUGUACGUGGGCGACGACGUGACUUUCGUGUGCACCGUGCGCGCCAGCGACGCCUCCAAGUCGGCCGUCAGCUGGUUCAUGUACGAGCAGGACGUCACCGGGGAGCCGUUCGCCGUCGUCCAGACGUCGCAGGGCGAGUCCUACUACAUCAGCACGCUGACCAUCAAGAAGGCUCAGUUCAACUACACGAGCAUGGUGCGCUGCAAGGUGCGACUCGACGAGGACCGAGUCUUCCACCUGAGCACUCCCAUGACGAUCACCCAGCGGCUGGAAGGCAGCAAGAAGCUCGUCGGCGAGCCGUGCGUCGCGACCAGCGAGUGCGAGCUCGAGCACAGCGCGUGUCGGGCACCCGCGGCCGGGGGCGGCGCGCGCGUCUGCCAGUGCGACGACGCGCACCCGGUCUUCUCGAGCCUGGAGAUGCGCUGCCUCGAGCUGGCCAAGCUGGAGCAGUCGUGCGUGGACAGCGCGCAGUGCGCGGGCGCCGACAACGGGUCGCAGUGCGAGGAGCACGUGUGCCGCUGCCGCGCGGGCUUCAGCGCCGAGUCCGACCACUGCGUGGCCAAGCCGGACGCGGCCACGUGCCAGUCGACGAGCGCCUGCCUGGACGGCAACGCCGAGUGCGUCGACGGGCGCUGCGUCUGCAAGGCAGGCCACGUGCUCAACCCGGGCAGCCACCGGUGCGAGGAGAGCGGCGAGCAGGAGUUCCAGCUCGCCAUCAUCGGCGUGUCGGCCGUCGCCGUCCUGCUCGUGCUCAGUGGCGUCACGGCCGCCUGCUACAUGCUCAACAAGCGCAAGGAGGCCGCCGCCGCCACCCGAUACUGACGCCGGCGUUGCUCGCCCUCCCAGACACUGCUUCGCAGUUCUCGUCCAGCGUAUAGCCCUAUGUGCAGAGCAGACGCGAGUUUUGCUGCUUCGUCAUUGUUUCAUGAAAUUAUAGCCGUAAUAGUGUUUU